GGUGAAUGUUGUUGGAAUACACUACAGUCAGUGAGGCUGACGGAACGAGACGUGAGCUCACAUGGUGCAAAUUUCUGAAGAUGAAAUCGUUUCCAUUUGACACCAAGGAUAAUAACACAUCGUAACAACGUCUACCCGAUCAUUGUUCAGGUGAAAGAUCCAACUCUUCCAGCUGUUGGGGGUCACGCGUGGGCUUGCAGAGGGGAGCAGAAUCGUCCUGGCUCAGGGCUUCUCAGACAGUCGUCGCUCUCAUCCAGACUCCUGUCCAUCCAGGUGUCGGACGCACACAGUGAGAGAUGGUCUUGUGCUGACUUGGCUCGUUGCCUCAUCACUGCCACCCUCCAUGACUGAGUCACACAGUGUAAUGGAGAGGGCUGCACAGUUAGCGCUCCGUGCGGCUGCCUGCAGGAUAUGAGUGUUGUGAGCCCUGACACGGACCACGUGUGGAAGCUGUCUGGUUGCCCGGGAGACGCGUCUGGUUGCCCGGGAGACGAGUCCAGAGCCCUGCAGGCUGACGAGCAGCUGAGCUGCAAGCUGAAAGCCCUGAACGGCAGCAUGGGGCCCCCUGCCCCGGGGAAGCCUGACAGAGGGGGCAACACCAACGGCACCCCAGCCAUGCCCAAGAUGGGGGUGCGAGCCCGGGCAACAGAGUGGCCCCCCAGAGAGAAGGGCUGGGACGGGCGGCCCUCGCCACACUACGAGAGCGUGAUCGCUGCCUUUCAGAACGGCCAGCGGACGGACCAAUCAGGAGAAGCAGCGGAGCAGGGCGACGCCCCUCCUCCAGACUCGGACUCCAAGUACUCCCUGAGUGACCUCCUCAGCCAGUCCCCCCUGCGGGCGCUGCACCCCAUCCGCCAGCGCAGCAACAGUGACGUCACCAUCAGCGACAUCGACUCGGAGGACAUCAUGGACCAGAACGCAGUCAACCCCAACACAGGGGCCUCUCUGCACCGCGAGUACGGGAGCACGUCCUCCAUCGACCGGCAAGGCCUGGCGGCGGACAGCUUCUUCACCAUGCUGAGGGGCUACCGGGUGGAUGGCCUGGACCCCCGCAGCAGCCCCACGCUGGGGUUUCCCGAGCUGCUGCGCUACGACACCGCCCUGUCCCCCAGCCUGCUCACCGCCGCACAGAUCGCCCGCGGCGAGAUCGUCCGCCUGGGGAACUACGACUACGUGGACGCCUCCCUGCUGUACGGCCGCGAGCGCGACAAGAGCUUCAUGAGGCGCCUGCGGUCGGACUCGUCUGAGACCACGUCGCUGUUCAGGAGGCUGCGCAGCAUCAGGAGCGAGAGCGACGCCUUCAGGCUCUCCCUGGAGCAGGACGAGCACCGCACGCUCGGCUUCCAGAAGUGCUUCGCCCACUACGACGUGCAGAGCGUGCUGUUCAACAUCAGCGAGGCGGUGGCCAGCAGGGCCAACCUCAGCCAGAGGAAGAACACCACCACGGGGGCCUCGGCCGCCUCGCAGUACCAGCAGGGCCCCGGGGCCGGGCCUGGGGCUGGAGUUGGGGCCGGUGCUGGGGCAGAGGGAGGCGUGGUGGGGGGAGGGAGCAGUGGAAAUGCCCCCGUGUUUGAGUCUCCCAUGGGCAGCCGGGAGGACCUGAACCCCAAGGAGAACCUGGAUGUGGACGAGGGGGAUGGGAAGAGCAACGACCUGGUCCUGAGCUGCCCCCACUUCAGGAACGAGGUGGGGGGGGAGGGGGAGCGUAGGAUCUCCCUGUCCCGGGCCAACAGCGCCGGCUACAGCGGUGCGGGGGAGAACUGCUCCUUCGAGUCGUCUCUCAGCUCCCACUGCACCAACGCAGGCGUGUCGGUGCUGGAGGUGCCCAGGGAGAACCAGCCCAUCCACAGAGAGAAGGUCAAACGCUACAUCAUCGAGCACAUCGACCUGGGAGCCUACUACUACCACAAGUACUUCUAUGGGAAAGAGCACCAGAACUACUUUGGCGUGGAUGAGAACCUGGGUCCGGUGGCCGUCAGCAUCCGCAGGGAGAAGCUGGACGAGGGGAAAGAUGGGAUGCAGUACAACUACCGGGUCACCUUCAGGACCAGCCAGUUGACGACCCUCCGCGGGGCGAUCCUGGAGGACGCCGUGCCCUCCUCGGCCAGGCACGGCACAGCCCGUGGGCUGCCUCUGAAGGAGGUUCUGGAGUACGUGAUCCCAGAGCUCAACAUCUCCUGCCUGAGGCUGGCCCUCAACUCCCCCAAGGUCCCUGAACAGCUCCUCAAAGUGGACGAGCAGGGGCUGAGUUUCCAGCACAAGGUGGGGGUUCUGUACUGCAGGGCGGGACAGAGCAGUGAGGAGGAGAUGUACAACAACGAGAGUGGCGGCCCGGCGCUGGAGGAGUUCCUGGACCUGCUGGGACAGAGGGUCCGUCUCAAGGGCUUCACCAAGUACCGCGCCCAGCUGGACAACAAGACUGACUCAACAGGAACACACUCUCUCUACACCACCUACAAGGACUAUGAGCUCAUGUUCCAUGUCUCCUCUCUGCUGCCCUACACCCCCAACAACAGGCAGCAGCUCCUGAGGAAGAGACACAUCGGCAACGACAUCGUGACCAUCGUGUUCCAGGAGCCGGGCUCGCUCCCCUUCACCCCCCAGAACAUACGCUCACACUUCCAGCACGUGUUCGUCCUCGUCAAGGUGCACAACCCCUGCACAGAGAACGUCUGCUACAGCGUGGCCGUGUCGCGGUCUAAAGACGUGCCCCCCUUCGGCCCCCCCCUCCCCAAGGGAGUGACCUUCCCCAAGUCGGCUGUGUUCCGGGACUUCCUGCUGGCCAAGGUCAUCAACGGAGAGAACGCCGCCCACAAGUCGGAGAAGUUCCGCGCCAUGGCGACGCGCACGCGGCAGGAGUACCUGAGGGACCUGGCGGAGAACUUUGUGAGCACGGCCACCAUCGACUCUGCGGUGAAGUUCAGCUUCAUAACGCUGGGAGCCAAGAAGAAAGAGAAGACCCGUCCCAGGAGGAACGCUCACCUGCUCAGCGUGGGCGCCGUCACCUGGAGCGUCAGCGCACGCGACUUCGGCCAGUCGGCCGACGUGGACUGCCUGCUGGGCGUCUCCAACGAGUUCAUCGUCCUGAUCGAGGAGGAAUCCAGGAACGUGGUGUUCAACUGCUCCUGCCGCGACGUGAUUGGCUGGACCUCGGGGAUCAUGAGCAUUAAGAUCUUCUACGAGCGUGGGGAGUGUGUCCUGCUGGCAGCCCACGACAGCUGUGGAGACGACGUCAGAGAGAUGGUCCAGAGGCUGGAGAUAGUGACCCGUGGCUGUGAGACGUCAGAGAUGACCCUGCGGAGGAACGCUCUGGGCCAGCUGGGGUUCCACGUCAACUUUGAGGGCGUGGUGGCAGAUGUGGAGCCGUUCGGCUUCGCCUGGAAGGCGGGGCUUCGCCAGGGCAGCCGGCUGGUGGAGAUCUGCAAGGUCGCCGUGGCGACCCUCACCCACGAGCAGAUGAUCGACCUCCUGAGGACGUCCGUCAGCGUGAAGGUGGUCAUCAUCCAGCCACACCAGGACGGCGCCCCCCGCAGGGGCUGCUCUGAGCUCUACCGCAUCCCAAUGGUGGAGUACAAGGUGGACAGCGAGGGGAUGCCCUGCGAGUACAAGACUCCCUUCAGGAGGAACACAACCUGGCACCGUGUCCCCACGCCGGCCGGAGCCGCGCUCCCCCGGGGCUCCCCCACCAUGGGCCCCGAGCGGCCCCAGGCCCAGCAGCUCCUCCAGCAGGCCCAAGCUGCUAUCCCACGAAGCACCUCGUUUGACAGGAAGCUGCCUGACGGAUCGAGGGCUGUGCUGGACAUGGAGAACCCCCAGGUGAGUGUGUGUAACCAGAGCGACCAGCCGUACCGGAGUUCCCCUAGUAACCAGUCGUCCUCCAGUGACCCUGGACCCUGCAGCAGCACAGCCUGGACACAGCAGCACGGAUACGACGGCUGUCCUUCCCCAGUCCUUCAGGAGCGCUCUGGGGAGCUGCAGGGAGAGGGGGACGUGCGGGACAGGGAUACCACGCUGGAGAGGACCCGCUCUGCAGAGGCCAGGUGGCACCUCCCCUCCACCAAGAUCCUCAGCUCCCUGAAGCAGAGGGAGGGGAGCAAGGACUCUCCCAGCAAGCUGUCCAGGACGGGAGAUAAGACCUCCAGCCCCUCCAGCAGCAACACCCUCUCAAGUAAUGCCUCCAGCAGCAGCGACGACAAGCACUUUGGCUCCGGGGACUUGAUGGACCCUGAGCUCUUGGGCCUCACUUACAUCAAGGGAGCAUCCACAGACAGCGGCAUCGACACCAACCCCUGUGGGCCCCCAGGGGCCCGGGUGCUCCAGGGCAGGCUGGUUGAGCAGGCUCUGGUCUGGGGCCCCGAGCACGACGCGGCCUCAGAGGAGGAUCAUGGGAAGGCUUACCUGCCGCAGGGUCUCGCCUCCGCCAUCUUGGCUGGUCAUGUGACCGAGGGCAGCAUUGGAGACCUCAGCGAGAUCUCCUCUCACUCCAGCGGCUCACACCACUCAGGCAGUCCCCUGGCUCGUGGGGCACGCUACUGUACCUCCGCCGACUCCGCCCGCGUCUACACCAUCCCCCAGACCGGCUCAGGGGCGGGGCUAGGCUACUCCGCCCCCCAGACAGGUGCAGGGGCGGGGCUAAGUUCGGAGGCCUGUGGACAGACACAACCCCUGCCUGGUGCCAAGAACUCUGAAGACAUACCCCGUCCUGAAGAGCCUGCCAUGUCAGAGUGUGGGGGAGCAGACAGUUUCUUAGCUUUCCUCCUUAACACGCUGUCUGAGCGCUCCAGGCAGCUUUACGCCCAAGAGGCCUGUCAACGACAGGUGGGGGAGAGGGGGGCCGGGGGCCUCCAGGGGCUGUCCAAGGAGGAGUACCUGAAGAUGAUGCUGCCUGACAGCCCCCCGGGGGACGAGGGCCCCCGCAAGAUGUCAGCGGCAGAGAGCCUGUCACCACGGCGAUCCCUGUACCGUACCCUGUCAGAUGAGAGCGUGUGCAGUACGCGUAAGGGCUCGUCUUACAGCAGCUCCCACAGCUCUGCUCUGGACCAGGCCAGCGACAUCCUGUUCAGCAGCACCCCGCCCUACCACACCACCCUGCCCCCCCGCAGGCCCUACCACACCACCCUGCCCCCCCGCAGGCACCCCGGGGGGGGGCUGAGGAAUGAUCUGUGGUUCUCUGACGGCUCCCUGGCUGAUAGGUGCAAGUCCGGCGACCCGGGGCUCAUGCCCCUGCCAGACCCCACCACCGGGCUGGACUGGUCCCACCUGGUCGAUGCUGCGCGCGCCUUCGAAGACCAGCGUGUGGCCUCCUUCUGCACCAUGACAGAUAUGCAGAGAGCCGAGGCUCUGCAGAUCUCCCAGGAGCUGACCCGCCGUGUGGCCGCCGCAGAGGGAGCAGCUCUGCAGGCAGGAAGCUGUCCUGCCACGCUGACGGGGAAGGUGAACCAGCUGGAGGUUAUCCUGAGACAGCUCCAGUACGACCUCCACAAGGAGAAGGAGGACAAGGCCGUCCUGCAGGUGGAGGUUCAGCACCUGAGGCAGGACAACAUGCGUCUGCAGGUGGAGAGCCAGACGGCAGCCGCGCAGCUCAGGAAGUUCACAGAGUGGUUCUUCCACACCAUCGACAAGAAGCCCUGAGAGCCCCCAUCCCUCCCUGCCCCUCCUGCCCCCAUCCCUCCCUGCCCCUCCUGCCUCCAUCCCUCCCUGCCCCUCCUGCCUCCAUCCCUCCCUGCCCCUCCUGCCUCCAUCCCUCCCUGCCCCUCCUGCCUCCAUCCCUCCCUG